CCCCCCAAUAAAUUUGCCUAGCACUACUGCCACCGCCAUGGCCGCUUCAGUUCGCCUGCACGAUCAGGUGAUCGCGUCGCUCAAAUCCACCAUCUUAAGAAAUCCUCCAGCAGUCUCUGAUUCGCCAAGCGAGUCGUCCUUUCCCGUUAUUCUCGGCUGGUUAGUAGGCCCUUCGGCCUCGUUCUUCUCAUCUCGCGACCCACGCCCUACCUGCUCCGUUCUGUCCUGCAUCCUCGUAGACCCGCGAUUCAGGGACGUCGCACUCCAGCAGCGUGGCGACAGCGACGGCGGUAACGGUAGCUCGCGAACCUCGCCGAGUGAUGUCGCAGCCAGAUGCGACGUCGCACAGCGUGAUGUCUCCGCGUGCGACGUCGCCAAGUCGGAGGCGCGAGCUCUUUUGCCGCUGCUUCCUGGGGGGCUUACAGUCGUCGGGGUUGCGGUGCGAGGGGAGUUUACCCCCGAAAAUCAGGCUCUCCUGAGGGCACCGAUCGCCGAAUUCCGGCGAAUCUUUCAUGAUGUGGCAUUGGCGCGCCGCCCUUUCAUGGUGACGUGGACGAGUGUCGCAUUCGCCUCGAGUGAAAUCCCCCUGAAAUUAACCCUUUUGGCGGGAAUCGAGCUGAGAAGGGAUGACGUGGCAGCUGCAGAUUGGUGGGGACAGGAUCUCGCAGAGAAGGCGAGGGAUGAUGAGGACAGGGAACGGAUAGGAUCGGAGAGUGAGGGAGAUGAGGGGGACGGCAGAGAAGAGGGAGAUGGGGGGAACGGCAGAGAAGAGGGAAGGGGAGCGGAUAGGCGAAGAGAAGAGACUGAGGCUGACGUGGCAUGGGAGAUUGCGAAGGAGGAGGAAGGGACGGCUGUGGAGGUAGAGGUAGUGGCGACUCGAGGGGGUAAGGGAGAUGUAAGUAGUGCAUCGUCUGUUUCAUCUGCCCCUGCUGCCGCUGCUUCCAGUUCUGGUGCUACUGGUGGGGAGGAGAAUCCGCUGGAGGAGGAGUUUUGGGCGGCACACUGCCCGCUGGUGUGUGACGUGGCAGCCACCCUGCCACUGUUCAUCCACGACAAACAGACCCUGUCGUCAUCACUAUCCGCGUCCCUCUCAGCCAUUCAAGCUGACGUCACCAGCCCUCUCGCCCUCUGGUUGCUGCACCCACCGCAGCCACCCUCUGCUGCCACGUCAGCAUCUGCCAGCUCGACAUCAGCUGCCAGCGCCACUGCUGCAGGAGCCGUGCGUCCGUUCCUGAUUGGCUCUCUGCCGAACGGGAGAGCUCCAGGAGCCAAUGGCAGCGUGACACGUGGCAGGGAUGGUGGGGGGAGUGCAGAGGGGAUGGUGUGUGGUGAUCUGCUGACGUCAGUUGAAGGGGCUGGGGGAAAGGGGGGAGGAGAAGGGGGAGGAAAAGGAGGAGGUGCUAGAGGGAAAGGGGGGAAGGGGGUUAGUGGGGGAGGAGGGGGAGGGAGAGCAGAAAGCCAAGCUUCGAAAAGACUGGCAUCGACGACACGUGUAUCUCUGCUGCUCAACCAAUCGCCAGCUGCCACGUCUGCAGCAUUCGAGGGGCAGAAGAGUGCAGCUGUUGGUCUCAGCUACACGCCAGCCGCCCCCAGCAUCCACCUCCACCAGAUAAGCCUGUCCUUGAGCUGCCUCGUCUUCGCCCCUCGCCAGCUGUCGCUGCGGGCGGCGCUGCGCCGUCUCGUAGUGCCGGGGCUGCUGCGGCAAGUCAAGGCGGUAGAAUGGAUGGUUGGGGGCGGGGGAGGGGGGGGACAGGACGGCGAGGGGGGGAGGGGAGGAGCGGGGGGAGGACAGGAAGGGAAGCGGAAUGAAGGGGAGGGGGGGAGAGGGAAGGGAGGAAGAGCAAUAACACCCACGGAUGGAGCAAGGGCAACAGGCGAUGCAGCAAAGGAAGCAGCUUCAGCCGUUUCCUUCCAGCUGGGACUCAAGUUCCGUGCAUACCACUUCCUGCUUCCGUCUUGGCCGCACCCACUCACUGUGCUCUACCCUCUCACGUACGGCGAGGGGCAGCAGAGCCUGGUGGACAUGCGCUCAACCCUGCACCAGCGCCUGGGGUUGCCUCUGGACCGACCCAUGCUGCGCAUCGCAUCCGCCCUCUCGCUCUCUGCGACGGCUGCUGCUGCGGAUGACACUCAAGCACCAUCAAAAGCAGCUCUUCGCCUCUGGGACGUACACGUGGGCCUUCCUCGCCUACCACACUCCACAGGGUCGAGGCAUUACCUGGUGCAGGGCUCAUACGAGUAUUACCACUACAUGCAAGACAGGAUUGACGACAGUGGAUGGGGUUGCGCCUAUCGCUCCCUUCAGACCAUCGUGUCCUGGCUCCGCAUUCAGCAGUACACUUCACUCCCCGUACCAAGCCAUAGGCGCAUUCAGGAGGCGCUAGUGGAGCUGGGCGACAAGGAGCCGUCGUUCGUGGGAUCCAGCCAGUGGAUUGGCGCUAUAGAGCUCAGUUUCAUUCUGGACCACCUUCUGGGGGUGACAUGCAAGGUGCUGACUGUGUCAUCCGGAGCAGACAUGCCAUCUAAAGGCAGACAGCUUGCGCACCAUUUCACCACCCAGGGCACCCCGGUGAUGAUAGGAGGUGGUGUUCUCGCAUACACCCUACUAGGCGUGGACUACGAUGAGGCGACAGGGGAGUGUGCGUUUCUCAUUCUCGACCCGCAUUACACCGGAGGGGAGGACAUCAAAACGAUAAGGAGUGGGGGUUGGGUUGCCUGGAGGAAGGCCAAGACGGAUGGUGGGGCGGACUUUUUCGUCCGGGAUGCUUUUUACAACUUGCUGCUGCCGCAACGGCCGGCUACAGUGUAAGCACUCUGUUAGGCAACCCGAGUAUUUCGACGACGUAGUAUUGUAUGUUAAUAUUGUAUGAUCAUUCUUUUCCAGCUGUUGGCGUAGAAUGCGGACACUAGGGGUCACGUGAUUUUGAUGCAUUGAGUUGUGCUUUAAGUUCAACCAGAGCAAUU